AUGACACGGACACACCGGGCGGGAAGGAUGGCUCUCACCAGCCGGGAAAUGUUGUGCUUGAUCGGCACCGCCUGCCUCUGGCUGCCUCUGUUGGCGGAGGUGGUGGCUGAGGACAGUUACUUAAACGAGGUGCAGAACUCAGUGCCUCUGUCCUGCUCCGAGGGAUUCACUGAGUUGGGAUACUACAACGGCACCGUGUCCCAGACGGACUCUGGCGCCCCCUGUCUGAAGUGGACAGAGUUUCCAGACUAUGUCAUGCAGUACCCGGGCCGAGGGCUGGGAGACCACAGCUACUGCAGGAACCCAGACCGAGAGUCCAACCCCUGGUGCUUCUUUAGACAAAACUCUGGAGCCAUCGGGUGGGCCUACUGCGACUGCCACCAGGGUGCUGCUCGUCUGGUCGGUGGCUCGUCAUCCGACAGCGGGCGGGUCGAGGUCUACCUGAACGGCCAGUGGGGGGCGGUGUGCGACUCACACUGGACAGACAGAGAUGCCAGUGUGAUCUGCAGGCAGCUGGGCCUGGGUGACAUUGGCAUGGCACUGCAGCACUUGCAGUUUGGCACGGGCUCCGGCCUCUUCCACUACGAGCGUCUGGGUUGCCACGGAGACGAGAACACCCUGAGUGCCUGCCGGAGCAGGACUUUCGUCACUGGCGACUGUAACCAUGGAAACGAGGCAGCAUUGGUGUGUGAGCCGCCGGAAGGCAGUGGCCCUCCACUGCGUCUGGUCGGAGGAGAGGAAGACUUUGAGGGUCGUGUGGAGGUCUUCCACGGAGGAAGGUGGGGCUCUGUCUGCGAUGACCAGUGGGACGACAGAGAUGCAGAGGUGGUGUGCAGACAGCUAGGCUUCAGUGGUGUGGCGAAGGCUUGGUCGUGGGCUCACUUCGGUCAGGGUUCAGGUCCCAUCCUGCUGGAUGCUGUGAAGUGCACAGGAAACGAGCUCUUCCUGGAUCAGUGUCCCCAUGGCGACUGGGAGCAGCACAACUGUGACCACAUGGAGGAUGCUGGGGUCUCCUGCAGCCCUUAUACAGAUGGCGUGGUGCGUCUGGUUGGAGGAGACAGUCCCUGGGAGGGCCGGGUCGAAGUUUUACACAAUGGUGACUGGGGGACGGUGUGUGACGACCACUGGACCCAACAGCAUGCAGAGGUGGUCUGCAGACAGCUGGGCUACAGGGGUCACGCUGAGGUUGUGUCAGAUGGAGUAUUCGGCGAGGGCAUCGGCCUGAUCCUACUGGACGACGUCCACUGCGAGGGAUCCGAGACCUCCCUGCUAGACUGUCGCCACGGGAUCUGGGGUCGCACCGACUGCUCCCACAGUGAGGAUGUCGGGGUGCGCUGCAGGGGCAGACCCAGCCAAGAGACCAAUGAGGUGCCAGUUAUUGCACCGUCCACAGGUCCCCUGGUACGUCUUGUGGGUGGCAGCAGCAGAAAGGAGGGUCGAGUCGAGGUGUAUCUCCAUGGCGACUGGGGAAGUAUUUGUGAUUCUGGCUGGAACGACCUGAAUGCAGCCGUCGUGUGCAGACAGCUCGGACACAGCGGCGGAGCAGUAGCAGCCGGAGGGUUCGGCCAAGGGAAAGGACCUAUCCACCUGGACCAGGUGAGGUGCACAGGGAAGGAGGAGUUCCUGGGAGAGUGUCCCUCUCUGGGUCAGAGUAUCCAGGGCUGCAGACGCAGGGCGGAUGCAGGGGUGAAGUGUGACGUCACGCCGCAGGAGUCGGCGGUAAAAGUCAAACCGCAAGAGCUGAGCUGUGGCCUGAGGAAGCUGGGGCAGGAAGAGAGCAAGAGGAGGGAACAAGGGAAGGAGAACAUGCUCAGGACCACGUGGCCAUGGCAGGUGUCAGUGUGGCUUCAGUCCCAAAGUGAAGAUGGCGGUCCUCUCUGUAGCGGUACUCUGAUCAGCCCCUGCUGGGCUCUGACGUCUGCGUACUGUGUCAGCAGGUUUGGCAGCGAUCCGUCCAGGUACGUGGUGCGGGUCGGAGCCUCAGAGCAGACUCUCACCCCGGAGCAGGUAGUGGUUCACAGAAAGUUCAAGGGUCAGAGCGGAGGUCAUGACCUGGCUUUGCUGAAGCUUCCCAACUCCAAGGGCCACUGUCUGACCUUUGACCCCAACACCAACGCAGCAUGCCUUCCUACUACUGAUGCAGCAUCAGGGAGAAGUACUCCAUCGUCCUGUGUUGUCAUGGUUACCACUGGCUGGACAGGAGCAGAUUCAGUUCUUGCAUCCUGGGUCCCUGUGAUGUCGUCAUGGCAAUGUAAGAAGCGCUAUGGUGACAGUUUCUCCAGCCACGGCACCCUGUGUGCAGGCAGUCCUCCAGACACCAGUCUCCUCCAUGAUGACAGUUGUCAGGGCAACUCCGGAGGCGGGCUGGUGUGCCUUGGUGAGGCAGGUCGAUGGGUCCUCACUGGGGUUGUCGCCGGGGGUUACGGCUGCGCUGACCCCUCCUCCCCUGCGCUCUACACGAGAGUUAGCCGCUUCAGGGGCUGGAUCGACGAGGUCAUCAACGCACAGGCGCAUCAAGAGGGGCUGCACACGCAGGAGGAACAGGCAGAGACAAAUGAAGAUAUGACGCAUGUUGACAAUGACCUAACACACACCCAGGAGGAGCACACACAGAGCAAGGGCAAAGAGAAAUACCUCCAUGAUGGACUGCUUGCACUUAAAACAUGA